AUGCCUUCUCCAGUUUUGUUAAGAUCUGUUACAGAAACGUUGAAGAAACAUGCUUCCUUGAAGAACUCAAUAUUAAUUUCAAUUAAAUCAUUAUCAUAUUUAUCAAAUGUGAAAAAAAAUCAAGACUGUAGAAUUUCUUUCUCGAGAAUUGUCCCAAAUAAAAGAUGCAUCUCGACAAAACCAUUGGCAAGUACUAUAGCAUCUAUUCCAAUCGGUAGCGAAUCAACAAGAUCAACAGUGAUUCAACUUUUGAAUAAUAUCAGUACCAAGAGAGAAGUAGAGCAAUAUUUAAAAUACUUCACUUCUGUCUCACAACAACAGUUUGCAGUGAUAAAGGUUGGGGGUGCAAUUAUAAGUGAUAAUUUAAAAGAAUUGGCUUCUUGUUUAGCUUUCUUAUACCAUGUUGGGUUGUAUCCAAUUAUUUUACAUGGUACUGGUCCACAAGUUAAUAGUAGAUUGGAGGCUAAAGGGAUAGAACCCGAUUACAUAGAUGGUAUUAGAAUAACUGAUGAUAAUACAAUGAGUGUAGUGAGAGAAUGUUUUCUAGAGCAAAAUUUGAAAUUGGUUACUGCUUUGGAACAAUUAGGUGUUCGUGCAAGACCAAUCACAUCGGGCGUGUUCAAUGCUAACUACCUAGACAAAGAUAAAUAUAAAUUAGUAGGUGAUAUCACUGGUGUCACUAAGGAUCCAAUAGAAGCCUCUAUCAAAGCAGGUGCCCUGCCAAUUUUAACAUCUUUGGCUGAAACACCUUCUGGUCAAAUGUUAAACGUAAAUGCUGAUGUUGCCGCCAGUGAAUUAGCUCGUGUUUUUGAACCAUUGAAAAUUGUCUAUUUAAAUGAGAAAGGUGGUAUUAUAAAUGGUGAUACUAAGGAAAAAGUCUCAAUGAUAAAUCUAGAUGAAGAAUAUGAUGAGUUAAUGAAACAACAAUGGGUUAAAUAUGGUACAAAAUUGAAGAUUAAACAAAUUAAAGAAUUGUUGGAUUUCUUACCAAGAUCAUCAUCUGUUGCUAUUAUUGACGUUCAUGAUUUACAAAGAGAAUUAUUCACAGACUCCGGCGCUGGUACUAUGAUCAGAAGAGGUUACAAAUUAUCCAAAAAGACUAAACUAUCUGAAUUUUCUUCCAUAGAAGUUUUGAGAGAUGUAUUAGAAAAAGAUCAAGAUAUUAUUGAAGGUAAAGAGUCUGCAGCAAUGUAUAUGACUAAAUUACAGAACUCUGAUUUUAAAAUUAUUUCCGAUGAACCAAUGAAUGCCGUGGCUAUUGUUACUUCCUCAAAUAGUGUCGUUCCAAAAUUAGAUAAAUUCAUCUGUGACAAAACUUCAUGGUUAAAUAAUGUGACUGAUAACAUAUUUAACACUUUAAAUAAGGAGUUUACACAACUACAUUGGAUUGUAAACGAAGAUGAUACAAAUAUCGCUUGGCAUUUCGCUAGAUCUGAAGGUUCCUAUUUGAAGAAUGGAAAAAUAUUAUUCUGGUACGGUAUAAAGGAUUUAGAAACCGUCUCCAAGUUGAUAUCAGACUUCACAAAAUCAACUAUAUCAUCUACAUCAUAUGGUGGCCAAUCAUCCGGGGUUUUUGGAACUGGCAGAUCGAAUAGAUUUUAUUCCACAAGAACUGCUCCUAAAGUCGAUGGCACAAACAAUCAGCCAAGAAAUGUUGGUAUCAUUGGUGCAAGAGGUUACACAGGAAGAAAUAUUGUAUCAUUGAUAAAUGGCCAUCCAUAUUUAGAAAUAUCACACGUUUCUUCUCGUGAACUAAAAGGUAAAAAGUUAGAAGGAUAUACAAAGGCAGAUAUAACCUAUGAUAAUUUGACGAUAGACGACAUCAAAUCACUAGAGGCAAAUCACAAAAUUGACUUAUGGAUUAUGGCUUUACCAAAUAAAGUUUCUGAACCAUUUAUCCAAGCAAUCAAUGAAGUUCCAAACUCCAAAUCUAAAAUUGUCGAUUUAUCCGCUGAUCAUAGAUUUGUUUCACAGGAUCAAUGGGCGUACGGUUUACCAGAACUAAAUGAUAGAGUUAUAAUUUCAACAGCUAAAAGAAUUUCCAACCCAGGUUGUUAUGCUACCGGUUCUCAAGUUGUCAUUGCGCCACUAAAAGAAUACAUUGAUGGUUUACCUACUAUAUUUGGUGUCUCUGGCUAUUCAGGAGCUGGCACAAAGCCAUCGCCAAAAAAUAAUCCUGAGUUUUUAGACAAUAACUUAAUUCCAUACGCUUUGACUAAUCAUAUUCAUGAAAAAGAAAUAUCAACUCAUUUAGGUACUGAAGUGGCAUUUAUUCCACAUGUCGGACAAUGGUUUCAAGGCAUUACAUUGACCGUGUCUAUCCCAAUCAAGAAGGGAUCAUUGACAAAUGAAAAAGCUGCAGAGAUAUACAGAACAUUUUACAAGGAUGAACAACUAGUGUAUGUUAAAGAUGAUGUUCCUCUCGUCAAAGAUAUCGCUCAAACACACGGUAUCAUGGUGGGUGGCUUCAAAGUCAAUGAUGCACAUGAUCGUAUUGUUGUUGUUGCCACAAUUGAUAAUUUAUUAAAAGGUGCAGCAACUCAAUGUCUACAAAAUAUCAAUCUAGCUUUGGGUUAUGGUGAAUAUAGUGGUAUUCCAAAUGACAAAAUCUUGAAAGAAUAA